AAAAUACAGAAAACGUCAAAUUAGAAGUGUACCGCGACUGCCAUCCGUGUUUUUUAGGCUAUUAGUUAUCCAAAGAAUACUUACGUUAAUAAUUAUAAUAAUUCAAUUUUAAACACCGUUAUUUUCGAAGAAAAUGUUAAAUAUAUCUGCUACAAUGCUAAAUCGUUUCGGGGUGUCGUCAGCUUUGAUAGCCAACACUCGUAUGCUGCAUAUAUCCGCAAACGAUCUUGCUGCUCGUAAGGGAACUCGAGAGAAGGCACGUAAAGCCAAAGUCAAAAAAGUAGUAGAAAAGAUUGGAUUUAUUCGACAUGACAUGAGGAACAAGGGCAAAUUGAACCUGAAGCAAGUGAACAAGCACAUAGACGACAGCUGGAAACAAGUGCCCAUCGAUAACUGCUGGGUGAGCAAAUACUACAAAUGGAGGGUAUACUCCGUCGAUGAAGCUGUUCAGUGCCACCGAGAAACACAUCAUCCGACCAUGUACAAUGUGCCGAAUGCUCCGCUCUAUGCCCACAUAGAACUGAAUAUGCAGGCGGAGAAAAUCACUCGUUUCGUAGACAAUUUUCAGCGAAUGGUUGCCAUUCCACAUAAGUUCAAGCAAAAUGAGAAUAGAAACAUUCUUGUUUUUGCAAAGGGUCAGGAUAUACUGAAAGAAGCUACCGACGCUGGCGCAACUCUUGUUGGCGGAAUAGAGCUAAUCAAGGAAAUCCAAAACGGCGACUUGCAGCUUACAGAAUAUCCAUUUGUGCUUGCGCAUCAAAACAUUCUACCGGAUUUAGUUGUUAUUCGAGGCUUACUCAAAAAAGCCAAAUUUCCAAACCCCCGCCAUGGAACGCUUGGUGUGAAUUUACCAGAAAUGAUUGAACGAUACUUGCAUGGAAUUCAAUACUCAGCCGAGAAGGACGAGAAUCAAAAGGAUUUUGGUUCUAUCGUGGCCUGCUUAGGCAUGCUCGAGAUGGACAGUAAGCAUUUAGAGGAAAAUCUAUCAACGCUGCUGAUGGAUGUAAACUCAAUGCGACCGAAACGCGAAGGGAAAUUUAUCACCCGAGUAUUACUUAAAAGUCCACCAUCGGGAGAAACGCUAAAGAUUGAUCCGUUCCUGUAUGUGCCUUCUGAAGGAAAAGCUGCCACGAAAAAAGAUUCAGCAGCUGAGAAUGUCGACGAAGAGCAUGAUGAAGGUGAUGAAAAGCAAUCGGCCGUAAUGAAUAGUUGAACAUUGUUUUGAGCAUAUUAUCAGUAGUAACCCACGAGGAAGUCCAAUUUUAAAAGUUGUACACUUGUUUGUCUUCUUACUGGGGGAGGAAUAAAUUUCUCGUUGUAA